AUGUCGGAGGCAUCACCCGAUCCCACUCAUCUAGAACCUCCCACCAAGACAACUGAGCUGGAGGACUCAGGAGCUCAGGAUAUUGCUUCCAGCAGCGACGAUGACCACUUCUCAGAUGCUAGUGAAGGCCAUGAACAGUCCAAAACAAUUUCACAGCCUGGCAGCGCUUCCCCUGUCCCGUUUACACGAGUAGAGCGGGUCGACAGCAGUGCUCAGCAUGGUGAAAUUCCCGGCACAGAAGCAUUCGACAAACGAACACAAGAUGCUGUUCCCGACGAGAUUCAAAUUAUCCCAGAAGAUACAGUCAGCGUGGACCCUGCGUCGGGGUCCGAGGACCGACCUAUAACUCCCAGCUUACCAGUUCCCCACACAGUCGUGGAAAAGGUAGACGAUGAGCCGAGCUACGGCGAGGUACCAGGAACUGAAGCGCAUGAAAAGCGCCAGGCUGACGCAGUACCUGAUGUUGUCAUAAAAGUAUCCGACUCUGAGAGCAAUGAAGCUUCUCUGGAUGAUACUUCCGACACCGAUGCGACAACCCAGCCAAUUCCUGAAACGCGCGUUUCUGAAGUCGACACAAUGCCAAUAGAAGAAUCACCUGGGCCACGCGCUCAUCAAAGAUCACCCAGUGAUGCGGAGCCUGACACUGUGGAACAAAUACCCGACCCAGGACCUACAUCACUAGAUGGCGCUGAAGACGAGGCCAUGGAAGCGGAUACGGGCGACGACUUCGGUGACGACUUCGGCGACGAUUUUGACGAAUUCGUUGACGAGCACGAAGAUAUGGGAGACGAUGAUUUCGGAGACUUUGACGAUGGCUUCCAAGAACCUGUGGCACCUGGUGGUGCAACCACCCCUCCACAACCUCCCGCACCAUCUGUUGUAUGUCUCCAUCCCACCCACACAACCAUAACAACAAUACUAACAAACUCCAGCCCCCUCUCACAGAAUUCAACUUCAAAUCUACAUCCGAACUCCUCGCCUCCCUCCAAGGUACCCUCGACAGCCUCCUCCCCGCCUCCCAAGACCUCGCCUCCCUCCCCCCCCGUCGAACCCAUCGCCGACCAAACCGCCAUCUUCAGCACAGAGCGCUCCCUCUCCCUCUGGUCCCAGCUCGUAGCCCCACCACCACUCCAACCACAAAACUGGGUGAAAUCCCGCAUUCGUCGACUUUUCCUCGUCUCCCUCGGCGUCCCCGUCGAUCUAGACGAGAUCCUCCCUGCCUCAAAACAGAAAAAGCUCAUUCUCCCCUCCAUCGACUUUGAGUCCGGCACAAAUACCCCCGCCGCACGCUCGCGCAGCCAAGUCCGCAAAGAUGGCGACGGCGAGGGUGAAGGAGACUCUAAUACCGAUCCUAAUGGCCAGACGGCGGGGCAGGCCCCUUCUCGUGGCAAGACUACGCGACGUGGAGCGGUGCCGCCACCGCAGUUGGAUCUAUCGGCUGUGCGGCGGUUGUGUGAUACUACUGAUGCUGCAUUGGAUGGAUUGACGGACGCAGAACUUAAAGAACAUGCCAAGGAAUUAGAGGCUGUUACGUUAAGAGCGAGUGAGGUAUUGGAGUACUGGCUCAAGAGAAGGGACGGUCUUAUUGGAGAGAAAGAGGCCUUUGAAGGGGUUAUUGAGAACCUCGUUAGUCAUGUUCGGAGAGUGAGGAAAUAA